AAUUUAUCGGCACCAAUAAGAUGUAUUUGUUGAGAUCAAGUAACAGACAAAAACGUAUCCUUUGUUGCCGGCUCAAUUUAGCGUUCUAGAAAUCCUGAAAUAGUAGUGAUCGUCCCUGUCACAUUGUAACUGUCUCCAAGACGACAAACCAAAUUCAACUAACUAUUCAAACUUCAUCAGACCAUCUUUGAAUUGGAGUUGAUCAACAGGGGAAAACGUCGAUUGUUCAUGGAAGGAAUCUCCAAUCAAGAAAAAUCGACCACCGAUACCGAAUUACAAGCCAAAUUACUCCUUUCACAGUGAUGAUCAUGAUCAUAAGGGUGGUAUGAGAACCAUGCCAUUCAUCAUAGUGAAUGAAGCGUUCGAGAGAGUGGCGAGCUAUGGAUUGAUGCCAAACAUGAUAUUCUAUCUGAUGGAAGUUUAUCACAUGGAAUCUGUAACUGGAACAAGCAUACUCUCCGUCUGGUCAGCACUUUCAAAUGGUCUCUCCAUUGUUGGAGCUUUCAUCGCUGAUUCUUACUUGGGUCGGUUUCGGGUCAUUGCUCUCGGGUCUCUCUCCACCCUUCUUGGGAUGGUUUUUCUAUGGCUGACUUCCAUAUUCCCACAGUUAAGACCUUCAUCUUGCAAUGAACUCGACACCAGUUGCAACCCUGCAACACCAACCCAACUCGCUUUACUCUUUUCAUGUUUUGGUCUACUCUCGAUUGGAUCUGGUUGCAUCAGACCAUGUUCGAUGGCUUUUGGUGCAGACCAACUUAAUCAUGAUCGAAGAACCCUAAACAACCAGAGGCUCAUUGACAGUUACUUUAAUUGGUACUACGCUUCUGCGUCAAUGUCAACAGUUGUUUCUUUUACAGUAGUGGUGUACAUUCAAGAUCAGUAUGGGUGGCAGGUUGGAUUUUCAGUUCCUGUGCUGUUCAUGGUUUGUUCUGCUGUUAUGUUUUUACUUGGAUCUUCUCUUUAUGUGAAAGUUAAAGUUGGUGAGAGCCCGUUUUCAGGGUUCAUUCAAGUUCUAGUUGUUGCUUUCAAGAACCGGAAAGUCAAUCUUAGUCACGAUGACUGCUAUAAUCAUAGCCAUGGAAUGGAUCGAGUUGAGCUAACAGAGAACUUAAGGUUUCUCAACAAAGCGUGUGUUAUUAAAGAUUCAAACACGGAUCCAUGGAAUCUCUCCACAGUCGAAAAGGUGGAAUCCCUCAAAUCCCUAAUUCGUAUAGCACCAAUUUGGUCUUCGGGAAUUCUACUAUUCACCACAAGUUCACAAAGCUACCCAACACUCCAAGCAAAAACAAUGAAUCGACACAUCACCUCAGGAUUCGAAAUCCCACCCGCAUCAUUUGUCUUAUUCAUGGUCUUAACACUCACAAUAUGGCUAGCCUUCUACGAUCGUGUCUUAGUCCCGAUUCUAACAAAACACACACAUCAACCGCGUGGGCUCCACCCAAAAAACCCGAAUGGGAAUCGGGCUACUAAUCUCAGUCAUUGCCAUGGUGGUGUCUGCCAUCGUGGAAACCAUAAGGCGCCACGUGGCAAGGUCGGGUAA